ACACAGCUGUGUGGUCUUUUGACCAAUCCCGCGCAAGUAAAUAGCGCCCACUGUAGAGCGCGCAGAGUUUCACGAGCCCUCCCUAUUAAACUUUGCUGCCGGGGCAGGUGGCAGCAGUUGUCAUGGAGAUAACUGCGGGCCCGGCGUCUGUUCGAGGGGCUGUUUCCAUGGAGAUCCCACCCCGGGGUGCGCUCGCAGCGGUGGAGGAGGACGAGGACCGCGAGCUUCAGCACCACGGCCAGCACCGCCACCGCGGCCCGACCUCCAGACAGGGAAACUUCUACAUGCUGAUCGUGAUCGGAGAGAUCGCGAUAGAGCACCAGCUACAGACCGCCAGACAACAUAUAGAGCGCGGUAUCCGCUCCUGGGACAUCAGUCUAUCAGAAUGUGACCUGGACCAACAAUUGCAGCUGUUCAUAACCAGACAUUCUGCCCAGUUCUCUGCUGAGGUCAGAGGUCAGUCCAGUUAACAGGAUGUCUACUAGUGUUCGGGAAUAAUAAAUCUAUAAAGGAACGCAUUAAUGUCUACCCAACAUGCAAAACAAAUAUUUUCAAUUAAAUGUUGGAGUACAAUCUGUUCCCACACAUAAAUUUCCAGCUCAAGGUUAUGGUGUAGGUUGUUGAUAAGACAAACAAUAUGCAGCCAAUGCACUGGUGAGAGUGUUAUAUCUCUCUCCACGGGGA